CUUGGCCAUCGCAAUUUUUACUUACUUUUUGACUGGACAUAAACAGGAAAGUGAUGGUUUUCAGCAUGAAGUUACUAAUAAUGACUGUGCUAUUUUACUAUGGGAGCUGCUGUGAGGACACCGUGACUGUGAGGGAGCCCCCCGCGCCCCCCGCGCCCCCCGCCAACAGGAUCAUCGGGGGACGACCCACCACCAUCAAGAAAUACCCUUACAUGGCGUAUUUAAGUUCAGUUUAUACGAUGCGUGGUCAGAAGCUGCUGCGGGAUAACUGUGGGGGCGUGAUACUCACACAGCACCACGUGCUCACCGCUGCGCACUGCUUAUUUCGAAAAAUCAAAGACACUACAGCUGUUACUGGCACUACUAUGUUGAAGGCAUCUCAAGUUGUCAUUCGCGUCGGAUCCACCUACAAUGACCGCGGAGGCUCAGUACACGUGACGUCCAAGAUCGUGGUUCACGAGAGCUAUAACGUCCCUCUUAACGACGUGGCAGUGUUGGUGCUGUCGGACAGUAUAAGCAACUACCGGAGCAGCUCGGUGCAGCCAGCCGUCAUCCCCCCGGGGGGGUAUGUGGUCCCGGACAACGCGUCUGUGGUAGCUGUUGGGUGGGGACGGACUGUUGCGAACUGCAGUAAGUCGUUGCCACUCGGUCUCCGGCACGUGGGGCUGCGCAACGUGGACCGAGACACCUGCAGCGCGCGGUGGGAGGUUCAGGGCCCAGACUCCGUGCUCUGCGCGGCGCUGCUUGAUGUUGGAGGAGCCGGUGUUUGUUAUGGUGACUCCGGUGGUCCCCUGGUGUACAACGGGGUGGUGGUGGGGGUGGCCUCGUUUUUACGUCUUGACAGGCCAUGUGGCGAUUCCUUCUACCCUCAAGUAUUCACGCGCGUCGCUAGCUACACCGCCUGGAUCAAUAACAUUGUACGCCAAAACCAGGUAAAGCGCUCGCGCAGCCCCAACUCCACCGCGGCGGCCCACGUCAACUUCGGUCUGAUGCUACUCGCCUCAAUAUGGAUAAUAUAUUCCAAAAACUGAUAUAUAUUUUUUUAUUAAGAACGCAUCGAUGAUGUUUGACGAUUCUCAAAAUUUCAACUGAUUAAACAUAUUAUUAUGUUUGAAUAAAUUAAUAUUGAAAGAUUGGUGUUAGGUAUGGACCUACCUUAUUUUACAUUUGCAUUUUGUUAUUUUAUUUUACUUAUAGGAUUGAAAUUAAAUGUAUUUUUAACAA